AUGGAAGGUGGACGGACACUGGACGGAGAGGAGCCAAACAAAGACCAAGGGGAGGAGGAGGAGGAGGAGGAGGAGAAGGAGGGGAGCAGUCUGGACUGGCUCAUGAGAAAAGACAACAUAGAGAUUACUCCUAUGGACUCCAACGUUUUAACGUCUAGAUCCAGUGUUGACAACUUCUGCAGCCGAGCGUUCACCAGGGAGCGAGUGUUUGAAGCAGCAUCUCAGGGGGACACAGCUCAGCUCCACGGCCUAAUCGACUACCUGCGACUUCAUGAUCUACGACUCACGAGCCCAGAAUACACAGAUGAAACCAAUGGGAAGACGGCGCUCCUGAAAGCUUUGCUGAACCUAAAAGAUGGAAAAAAUGACACAGUUGAUGUUUUGCUUGACGUAGCAGAGAAAACUGACGAUUUAGAAAAUCUAGUCAACGCGUCUUACAAAGAUCUUUGCUACAAAGGUCAGUCGCCGCUGCACGUCGCCAUCGAGAGAAGAAGCUUCGACCACGUGAAGCUGCUCGUCCAGAAAGGAGCAGACGUGCAGGCCAAAGCCAACGGGAGGUUCUUCCAGCGCAAAGCAGGACUGGGAUUUUAUUUUGGAGAACUUCCACUGUCGCUGGCGGCCUGCACCAACCAGCCCAACAUGGUGUCCUUCCUCAUGGAGAACCCGUUCAGAAGAGCCGACCUGGCCGACAGGGACUCCCAGGGAAACACGGUCUUCCACACCUUGGUGGUCAUAGCGGACAACACCACAGAAAACACAGACAUGGUCGCGAGGAUGUACGACGACAUCCUCGUCCAGCACAACAAGCUGGAGAAAACAGAAACAGUGAGGCUGGAGGCGAUUGAGAACAAUCAGGGGUUGACGUCUCUGAAGUUAGCGGCCAAGCUGGGAAAGAUCGGGCUGUUCAGACACAUUCUGCAGCGGGAGUUUGAGGAUGAGGAGAUGAGGCCGCUGUGCAGGAAGUUGACAGAGUGGGUCUACGGGCCGGUUCACUCCUCGCUCUACGACAUGACCUCCAUCGACACCAGCGAAGGCAACUCCGUGCUGGAGAUCGUCGUCUUUGGGAGUGAAAUUCCGAACCGUCCUGAGAUGCUCCAGAUCGAACCUCUCCGCAGUCUCCUGCAGGACAAAUGGGACAGAUUCGCUUCUAAACUAUUCUUGAUGAAUUUCUUGGUGUAUCUGAUCUACGUGAGCAUCUUCACCACCGUGGCCUACAACAGAAAGGUCGGACAGCCGCCGUUUCCCAUCGAGAACGUCCUGGCCGACGGCCUCCGCUGCACCGGGGAGAUCUUCAGUGUCCUCGGAGCCGUGUGGUUUCUCUUUAAAGCGAUAAUCAUUUUCAGGAAGAACCCUCCAAACUUCAGGGCUCUUUACACAGAUGGAUUCUCUGACAUUCUGUUCUUCCUGCAGGCGAUUCUUCUUCUCAUCUGUGCGAUCGUGUACCUCUGUGGGCGGAAGGAAUAUGUGGGACUGCUCGUGCUCUCGCUGGCUCUGGCCUGGAUCAACGUCCUUUACUACUCAAGAGGCUCCAAACAGAUGGGGAUAUACAAUGUCAUGAUGCAAAGGAUGAUUCUUGGAGACAUCUUACACUUUCUAUGUGUCUAUGGAGUCUUGCUAUUUGGAUUUUCUGCAGCCAUCGUUUCUCUCAUGGAAGACACUGCUCAUAAAAACGAUUCAGUGCCUGGUGGAAGGACUUUCGACGUCGAGACGUUUACGUGCAAAAAGCCGAGUUACAACGACAUCCGCUUUACAACACUGGAACUGUUCAAGUUCACUAUAGGAAUGGGAGAUCUGGAGUUCACCGACCACGUCCAGUAUAAAGAAGUUUUCUACAUCCUGCUCAUCUCGUACAUUGUCCUGACUUACAUCCUGCUGCUCAACAUGCUCAUAGCACUGAUGGGAAACACAGUGGAGAGAAUCUCCAAAGAAAGUGAAAACAUCUGGAACCUGCAGAGAGCGUUUACCAUUCUGGACAUGGAGCGAACUGUGCCGAGGGCCCUGAGGAGCAAACUGUUCUCCGGAGCGUCCAAGACGGUUUGUCCGAGAGGCCAGAAGGACGAGAGUCGCCAAUUUUUCAGGGUGGAGGAAAUGAACUGGAGACAGUGGAGGUCGCAUCUCGGUGGGAUCCAUGAGGAAGACCCAGGAAAUGACAUGAUGCAGUCGCAGCCUCACAACCCGACACCUCGGAACCCGUGGAACCUGAGUCCACUGUUGGAGAAGAUUCGUACCAGACGGAACCAGCCACAGAAUCCCAGCUUUCCCUAA